AUUGUUAUGUGCAAAAGUUAGCAAAGAGUUUUGCUGGUUUUGUGCGAAAGUACGAUUGGAAACAAAAAACUGUAUCCAUUCGGCAUCCACUUAUGGCAACCAUUGUUGCUAAAUCCAACAAUUGUCAUGUUGCUCAGCCAAAUUUGCAUUAGUAAUUCUUCCAAUGAGAAAAUGUGAAUGAACCCUACACUUCGAUUACUUUUGAUAUUCUAGUGCAGCAACUUUUUAGUAUUUAUUUUGUCAAAUAUCUGGGUUGUUAUCUCCCUUGCGACAGCUAUGCGAUACUUGGCGACAAUUUUUAGGCGAUAUUGAAUAAAAUAUGGUAGCUUGCCUCAUUGUUCCGAAAGGAAACAUGGCGCUAUUCAGAGUGUUAAGUGUUGCCAGUUUUCUGUGGCGCCGCAUGUUAGAACUGUGUUUAAUACCGUGUUUCAAAUGGAAGAACAGCUGAUUGUAUUUUCAUUUGUUCAUCAGAGUUUGCAUAACUGACUUUACAUGCCUGGAACAUCAUUAAAGACUCAAAAGUGAAAAUUACAAAUGACUAUCAAGUAUGGAUGUUCAUGAUGUGUGUUCAAUGGAGCCGGAUCCUGGUGGUCAUAAAGCACAGCUGAAUUUACAUACUUGGAACAGUUUUAAAGACUGAAAGCAGAAGAUUAUGAAUUACAGUCAAAUAAUGGACAUUCAUGUUGUGUGCCCAGUGGGGGCGGAUCUUAUUGGUGGUGAAAGUACUUUUAAAAGUUCAAUAUUUAUGCGCUGUGCAAUUAAAUAUCCUAGAGCUUGUCAAAUUUGUUUUAGAUCUUAUUCUACCAAGUCAUCAUUUUCAAAUCAUAAAAAGCGCUGUAAACCUCCAUCUGAUGAUAAUCCUAGAGCUAAAUAUCCUAGAGCUUGUCAAAUUUGUUUUAGAUCUUAUUCUACCAAGUCAUCAUUUUCAAAUCAUAAAAAGCGCUGUAAACCUCCAUCUGACGAUAAUCCUAGAAUUAAAUAUCCUAGAGCUUGUCAAAUUUGUUUUAGAUUUUAUUCUACCAGGUCAUCAUUUUCAAUUCAUAAAAAGCACUGUAAACCUCCAUCUGAUGAUAAUAGUAACGAAAAUAACUCUUCUAUAUAUAUAUGUAAAACCUGCAAUAAAAGUUGCACUACCUAUUCAGGUGUAUUUAAGCAUAAUAGAAUUUGUGGAAAAGAAUUGAAUAGAAAGACUUAUCAUCCAUGCCCUUUACCUGAUUGUGCAGCUAAAUUCCGUCAUAUAAGUCAUAUUAAUAGACAUCUCUCAGACUCACAUGGUUUCCAAAUGAAUUUAUUAUCAGAAGAACAUAAAUUUAAAUCAAUGGCAGAGUUUGAGCUUUGGUUAAAUACAGAAGAAGUAAAAACUUGCACUUCAUUUAAGAAAUGUUGUGGAAGUAGAACUAAAAACAACAAAACAUACAGUUAUUAUGUGUGCCAUUUUUAUCCAAGAAGUGAAAGCAAGAGUGUCUUUCUAACAGAAGACAAUGUGAAUAAAAUACAUCCAAAUAUUAUGUGCCCAGCUAGGAUAAUGGUACAUGAAGAAAGUGAAUGUGUAAAAGCAAUUUUUUACCGAAGGCAUAAUCAUGAGGUAUUUCAAAAAUGUGAAAUUUCAACCCCUGAAACUGAGUUAUAGACAUCAAAUAAAAGUAUAUGUAAAUUUAGACAUUGAUGGUUUGAAAAUUCAAAACAUUAUAAGAAAAGGUAGAGAAGAAAAUACAACAGAAGUAGUUUUUAUGUCCAGGAAAAAAAGUGUACAUGUUGGAAUUAUUAAAUAGAUUGAAAAGAUGCAAAAUUGCUCCCUUUUCUAAUAAUGAUGCUCUUUCAGUUUAUGUCUUAUUGUAAUAAUUUUGUAAAAAAAUCAUAUAAUGUCAUAUCUUUGUGACCUUUACUGUCAAGUUGAUUUUGGUGCAAAAAUUAAACUCCAAAAAAUAAAUAAAUGAAACUUAGGUGUAUAUUAAAGCUGAGUUUUUAGAAAUGAGUACUGUUAUUUUUUACAGAAUAUGACUUUAAAAUUAACAGGAAGAAAUGUAUUAUAUUUCAAGCUCGUUAGAGUCUUGUUACUAACAUUAUGCUAGUUUCAAGUUUACCCUGUGUCUAAAGAUAAGUUGCUUUGCAUGUUUUUGUAGAUUCCAAGCAGAUGACAAUGUGCUGCUGAUAAAAAAAUUAUAUCACAGUUGUAUAGCUUCAUCAUAUUUCUUCUUAUGAUAAAAAAUAUGAAAACUUGUUCAUUAGUGGUUUAGGCUUUUACUGUUGUUCAUUAAUGGAUGAUGGCAUAAAUUAUAAAAAAGUGUUGGUAUUUUUUUAUGUGCAUUUUGUCUGGCAUGGCAGUAGAAUUAUUAAAAGUAGAUUCAGCAUGUAGUAUUAUUAUUAAAAGCAGAUUGUUGACAGCAUGUAAAAAACGUUUUCUCGCGGUUGAAUUGAUAAUAGCGAUAGAAAAUAAAUUUUGUGAUUUUGACAUGUACUAUCAAUUUUAUCUGUUUGUAUAUAUAUCAGAAAAGGUACUUUGAAUAUUAUUAAAUUUAUAUUAAGAGCUGUG